AUGUUCACGCAUCGGCCAGGUUUCACGUUUCCUCCAGUUCUUCGUACGGGAGCUUUCGUUUCACGUGAUUUUUGUGAGAGGUUAAAGUUAACAAAAAGGACUAAACAUGGGUCGUAUGCACGCACCUGGAAAGGGUAUUUCCCAAUCCGCACUGCCGUACCGUCGCAGCGUCCCGACCUGGCUCAAGUUAUCGGCGGACGACGUCAAGGAGCAGAUCUAUAAGCUGGCGAAGAAGGGCCACACGCCAUCCCAGAUCGGUGUCUUACUCAGGGAUUCACACGGUGUCGCCCAGGUGCGAUUUGUCACAGGAAACAAAAUCUUGCGGAUAAUGAAAGCGAUCGGUCUUGCACCCGAUCUUCCCGAGGACUUGUAUUUCCUCAUCAAAAAAGCUGUUGCUAUCAGGAAGCAUCUUGAGCGAAACAGGAAAGACAAAGACUCAAAGUUCCGUUUGAUUCUCGUUGAAUCGAGGAUCCACAGGCUGGCCCGCUACUACAAAACAAAGGGAACCCUGCCACCCGUUUGGAAGUAUGAAUCGAGCACAGCGUCUGCCCUUGUUGCAUAAUUUUUUUUAAACAAACGAUUUAAAUACAAAAAAAAUUUACACUUUC